GCAGGCUCUGCCCAGCCCCUCUUCUUGGUGGUGGGGGUGGGUUGGGGAGCAUGCCCUAAGCGCAUGCUCUGUUGUGGGCUGUGGGCUCCUCCUGAGUGGCCGGUCUCCCGCAGCUGCAGGGGUUCGUGCGCGGCCAGCAUUUGAGGCCAACAGGGACUGAGCUUGCCAGGAGAGGGCGUGGGGCCGUGGUGCGGAGCCUCUGGGGCCUUGAGGACCUGACGGGAUCACAUGAACUACCCUCUGCAGGUCAGGAGGUCCCCAUGCCCGGCCUGACACCAUCCUGAGGACCCGGUGGAGAGGCGGGGGGCGGGGGAGGCCUAAUGUCCAUGGGUCGGAGGGGAGCAGGUUCCAGACAACAAACCAACCUUGGAAAGCAGCACGGCAUCACUUCAGACGUGGCCCCGGCAGGGGCUGGGGAGGUCCACCGGCUUGAGCAGGGAAGUUCCAGGUCCCCUUGCGGCAGCAUAGCGGGUGGGAGAAGGGGGCCCCUCUCCCGACUCCCAGACCUGCAGGGGGACUGCUGCUCUGGGGCUCAGACACCAGGGGGCCCCGGAGAGCCGGCCUCUCCUCACUGGGCAGUGCAACCGGCUCUGAUGCUGAACUCGGCGGUUCUUGGGUCUGGGACAUCCACCUGGGAAGGGAUGAAGAUGAGCAACGGGAGCAGGUGGCGUGGGAGAGGUCGGGGUUGGGGCGGGUAGGAUGGGAUGGCGUGUGGAAAGCCGGGGGACCGGUAGGUGCUGUGGGGCUCGGGGUGCAGAGGGGUUGGGGUCACUGGGUGCUGAAGACGACGGACAGACUGUUGAGAAAUAGGAUGGGCGCUGGGGGGCGGUGUGGGAAGGAAGACGGGGUGCAGCGAGGAUGGGGGUGCUGGCUGGAAGAGGGGCUGCGCCUCCGAGAAGCCUGCCUUUGUCCCCUCCCUUCCCGUCUCCCGGGGGAAGAGCGUCCGCGUCUGCCCGCCCCCAAUGCUAGGGCGGAGGCCCCACGCAAAGCCCCGGCACCGCGGCUCCUCACUCGCUGCGGAGUCUCCACCACAAGCCCCUCCUUCCUGAUCAGCUGCGGUCCUUGGAGCGGCCACUUGGCCCGGGUUCCGACCGAGGCCCGAGGCUGGUUUUGCUCCCGAAGAUGAACUGGACGGCCGCCACGUGCUGGGCUCUGCUGCUGGCCGCCGCCUUCCUCUGCGACAGCGGCGCGGCCAAGGGCGGCAGGGGUGGGGCUCGCGGCAGCGCCCGGGGAGCUCUGCGCGGGGGUGCGCGCGGGGCCCCGAGGGUGCGAGUGAGGCCGGCUCCCCGUUAUGCCGGCUCCUCCCUGCGCGUGGCCGCGGGGGCGGCUGCGGGGGCGGCCGCAGGGGCGGCCGCCGGCCUGGCUGCGGGCUCAAGCUGGAGGAGGGCCUCGGGGCCUGGGGAGCGUGGCCUGGAAGACGACGAGGACGGGGCACCCAGUGGCAACGGAACGGGUGGCGGCAUCUACAGCUACCGGGCAUGGACUUCGGGCACUGGGCGCACGUGCGGCGCCCCCGUUUGCCUACUGCUGGGUGGUGCCCUUGGCGCCCUGGGGCUGCUACGGCCCUAGACCCAGCUGGGGCCGGCUGGGGCCCAGGGCAGAUCUGCCGCCCAGCCCACGCCCUCCUGGCAGGCCCUGAGGUCCACCGCAAAGGCCGUGCCUUCUGUCCGCUGCCCGCGGCCCCUAAGCCCAGAGGUGCUGCGUGGGCAACCCCUGUCCACAUCUGCCUGGGAGCUGCAGUCUCUCCUACCACCGCCUCCUGUCUAAACCUCUGCUCAAGCCCCUCCCCACCUCCCACCUCCCACCUCCCAGGCCACCAGCCCCCCCCCCCUACCCCCGGAGGUCAGGGUCACCCCCAGCCGAAAGGCAGGUGUUCUGCAGUCCCUGUACCAGCCCUGCCAGCUGCCCACCUCCGUCCAGAGCUGGUCAAGGAGAGGUGCCAGGACCAGGCUGCUCGGGCCACUCAGCUCCCCUAACCCCACCCUGGACACUUGAGAGGUGUGGACAGUGCUGACCACCAGGCAGAGAGGUGGGCCUUCAAGCUGGGCUUGUUUCUGCCACAGCCCUGAGGAUAUGGUGGCCUCUCCCGCAGAAGCGGCCCCCCUGCACAAAGGACUUGAGGAUGGGGGGAGACGGAGCGUGCUAGCCGCCUGUGCAGAGGCCAGCGUGUGGAUUUGAGAGCCCGAGCAUGGCCCCGUGGUUUUCCAAUGGCUCCCAGGACACCCUCGCCCAUAGGAACUGCCUGGAACACUGCCGCCCGCCUUCAGCCCAGAGGCAGUGACCCCCUCCGGGCAGACACUCAGCAAGACCCACUGCCAGGGGCUCCCUUAGAGCCACUUUGCCCUGACUUGAAACAAGUCACUUCACUCUUCCUGGACCUAUUUUGGAAAAACAAAACAAAACACUGUUUAAACUUCAAGUUUUCCGUUUCCUCUGAGCUCCAGGUCCACGUUCCCAGCGGAGCGCCUGCCUGUCCUCGGGCAGCAGCUGCUUCCUCCCUGGAGAGCGGCUGUGGUGGGCGGCCCCUCCGCUGAGGGCAAGGUGCCACGGAGGACCUGGGGUUCCAGUCAGGCCCACAGCAGGCCUGGCCCCAAGGAAGGUCCCGAAGGCAGGCCAGCCACACCGGGGCCCAGCGACCAGCAAGGACUGCCCGAGGGGAGGGCGCCUGUCCACCAGAGGACAGCACAAGAGCAGCUGAGUGUCCCCCAAGCCCCGAGGGCCGUCAGGACACAGCCCCGAGCAGCCUCUGACCAGGGUCUGCCUCUGGCAUCCAGCGCCAACCUGCGUGCCAGUCAGGCCAGCUCUUUGCCUCUCGGGUGCCUUCCCCUCAAGGCCAGCCUGGUCCACUGGGGGCCUCUGCUGGCUCCCUCCGGCCUGAGAGCCUCGGUCAGCAGGACAGCUCUGCUCCGGGGCCUGGCUCCCCUGUGCUCACCGGAGCAUCACCCUCAGCUGGGCUGCCUCCUGGAAUCUGCCCUCACCAGCUAGCCAGGCUGCAGGGCCUCUGGACCGGCAUCCCCUGCAAGCCCUGCCACCUCUGCCCCCGCAGGUGGCACAUGGCUCCAGUUAAGGUGGGUCUCGAGCUGUCCUCGCGACCUGGACCAAACAUUUUCCUCCAAAGCGCCAGGCGCUAAGCUGCAGAGCGCCUCCCCACCAGCCUGUGUCCACACUGCCAGCACUCUCGGGUGGGGCGCCCAGAUGCCCUCCGUACCCCAGACCAAGCUCAAUGCUCCCAAGACCAGCGGCCAGUGGCCAAGCCCUGGCCAGGGCCUUAGAUAUAGCAUGACCACAUCAGAGUCUUGAACAAGGGACCCGUCAGGGCAGCUUCUUAGGCGACUGAGGUCUCCCUGGCGGGCCCAGCCUGGCUAUGCUCUGCCUCGGACACCCACCCAGACAAACGGCGGCUGGUCCCAACCCUCAGGCCACCCUGCCGUGUGAGCUGCUGGCAUGCUCCGGAUGUUACAGAAAUAUUCGCAUCGAGCUAUUCCGCACGCCAGCCUGCAACACUUCCCACCUGCACUGGCCAGGGUUCCAGCAAGAGGCAGGCGGUGCUGGGGGUGGGUCACCUCAGGACAGGCAAGCGCAAGGGGUCUGGGGCAGCAUGGGGGCAGCGGGACCUGGGAGGGCGCCUACAGGAAGGGGAGGUGCCCUGCAGACUCUAGGAAGGUUGUGCCGCCACGAACACAGACGGGCUGCAGCUGCUGACCAGAUGCGGCCCGCCCACCCCCGCCACCCUUCCAGAACGGGGUGGGUAACGCUCCUGAGCCCUUCAGAUGCAGGCACGAGGCUGGGCGCUGCCUGGGGGAAUGACCCCGCUGUCCCAUUAGCUAGAAGGUGCUGGGAGGCAGUGGGAAGGCCAGCUGGGCUGUGAGCAGAGUGGCCCCAGGCACCGAGCGGACAGGUCCCUGGGUUCUGCCACAGCCACUCGGGACCUCAUGUCUGUGUGUGCGCACGUCUCAGUCGUGAAAUAAACACUGUGCUGGCAA